CAUAAUUUCAGUCAGUCACUUCCUUCUACUAACCACAAAAUAAAGCUUUACUAGCGUUUCUGAGCGCACCAAACUUCUUUAGAGAUAUCCCUCUUGCAUUGCACGUGUCAAGCCACAUAUUGAAGCAGGGCAGAACUGAAUAUAAGGCAUCAUGGAGCCUAGACCAAUCACAGAUGAGGAAAUGGAGGAGCUCAGGGAGGCAUUUAGCAAAAUCGAUACUGAUGGAAACGGUUACAUAAGUCCUAAUGAAUUAAAUGACUUGUUCAAAGCUGCUAGUCUGCCUCUCCCUGGGUAUAAACUACGAGAGAUAAUCCAUAGUUUUAUGGAAACAGGAGAUACCAACAGAGAUGGGAAGAUUAGUUUCAAUGAAUUUAUCACAGUUAUUCAUGACCUCAAGAGCUCAGAUGUGGCCAAAACAUUCAGAAAGGCCAUAAACAAGAAAGAAGGUAUUUGUGCACUUGGUGGCACGUCUGAGCAGUCCAGUGUGGGCACCCAGCAUUCCUAUUCAGAAGAAGAAAAGUAUGCCUUUGUAAACUGGAUUAAUAAGGCCUUAGAAAAAGAUCCAGACUGCAAGCAUGUGAUUUCUAUGAACCCAGACACAGAUGACCUCUUCAAUGCAGUAGGGGAUGGGAUCGUCCUCUGCAAAAUGAUCAACCUCUCAGUUCCAGACACAAUUGAUGAACGAGCCAUCAACAAAAAGAAGCUAACUCCUUUCACUAUCCAGGAAAAUUUGAAUUUGGCUCUGAAUUCAGCAUCGGCCAUUGGUUGUCAUGUAGUUAACAUUGGUGCAGAAGACUUAAAGGAAGGGAAGCCAUACUUGGUGCUGGGACUUCUGUGGCAGGUUAUCAAGAUUGGCCUGUUUGCAGACAUUGAGCUGAGCAGGAAUGAAGCUUUGAUAGCAUUGUUACGGGAUGGUGAGAGUUUAGAGGAUCUCAUGAAGCUUUCUCCAGAAGAGCUACUUCUAAGAUGGGCCAACUACCACUUAGAGAAUGCUGGAUGCAGCAAAAUUCAUAACUUCAGUUCAGAUAUCAAGGAUUCCAAAGCUUAUUACAAUUUGCUUAAUCAAGUUGCUCCCAAAGGCGAUGAAGAAGGAGUACCAGCUAUUGUCAUUGAUAUCAAUGGACUUAGGGAGAAGGAAGACCUAAAGAGAGCAGAGUGCAUGCUGGUACAGGCAGAAAGACUGGGUUGUCGCCAAUUUGUGACAGCCACAGAUGUCGUGCGAGGGAAUCCAAAGCUUAACUUGGCUUUCAUUGCAAACUUGUUUAACAAAUACCCUGCUCUACAGAAGCCGGAAAACCAGGACAUUGACUGGAGCUCAAUUGAGGGUGAAACAAGAGAAGAAAGAACAUUCAGGAACUGGAUCAACUCACUUGGGGUUAAUCCACGAGUUAAUCAUUUGUAUAGUGACCUUUCAGAUGCCCUCAUAAUAUUCCAGUUGUAUGAGAAGAUAAAGGUUCCCGUAGACUGGAGCAAAGUGAAUAAGCCACCAUACCCUAAACUGGGAGAGAAAAUGAAAAAGCUUGAAAACUGUAAUUAUGCCGUAGACCUGGGGAAGAACAAGGCCAAGUUCUCUCUGGUUGGCAUAGCUGGACAGGACCUGCAUGAGGGAAAUCGGACACUCACGCUUGCUUUGAUGUGGCAGUUAAUGAGAAGAUAUACAUUGAAUAUGCUGGAGGACAUUGGAGGAGGGCAGAAAGUUAAUGAUGACACAAUCAUUUCCUGGGUGAAUGAAACUCUCCAACAGGCUGGAAAGUCAACGACCAUCUCUGGCUUUAAGGAUGGUAAAAUCAGCACCAGCAUGCCAGUCUUGGAUUUAAUUGAUGCUAUUCAGCCUGGAUCCAUUAACUAUGAAAUUCUGAAAACAGAAGACCUAAAUGAUGAUAAGAAACUCAAUAAUGCUAAAUAUGCUAUAUCAAUGGCGAGGAAGAUUGGUGCAAGAGUUUAUGCUUUGCCUGAAGACUUGGUGGAGGUGAAGCCAAAGAUGGUCAUGACAGUGUUUGCUUGUCUCAUGGGGAGAGGACUUAAAGUUUAAAAAGCUAGUGACAUACAUACUAUGCCUAAAGCUGCCUUGUAUAAACCAAUCGCCUUCAUUCCAAACCAACACAGAAAAUGUAUUUUAUUGGAAAAAAAAGAAAAUGUAGAUAUAAUAUAACAUUUGGUGAGAUCAUCGCUUUUUAUACAAAGAUAUACAGUCCGAUUGGUAAGAAAAACAGUAAAGGCCCCUUCACACUGCUCAGUUGAAUAUACGAUUGUUGGGAAGGACGCGUUCCUUCCCGGCCAUGGCCUGUUCGUCAUUGAAGGAGACCACUGCUAUUCCAUGCUGCGAUCCUCUCUACAGUAUAGGGAGGAGCGAUCAAUAAUGCCAUCGCUUAUCAGAAUACAGAAUCAUUGUUUGCCGGCAGCAAAGCGUGUUUAGACGGCAUGAUCUGCUGCUGGCAAACAAUGAUUUAGGUGACUGCAUGAAAGUUCGAACUUCCCAAUGAACGAGUGGCGCCUUUAUUUGCACAGGCAGAUCAUCGCAACGUGCGCUCCUACGAACCUUUGCUAGCAAUGACCUGCACGAUGUUUGGGCAGUGUAAAGGAGCCUUAAUGCAUUCCCGAUGUUAUUAACAAUGGCAGCUCUCAUUAUCAUUACAUUUUGUCUCAAAACUAAUUCAAGAUACAUAAUAAAAAUGAUGGUUUUGUUA